GUUUGUGUUAUUUUGUAUGUCAAUAGAUUGCUCGUAAUCUAUUUAAUCUGAGGCAAAAGAAAAGAAAAAAAUCCACAAAAUUACCUGAAAAAGUGGAAUAAAUUCGAGGUGAAAAGUGAAAAGGUUGUGUUAUCGUGAGUAUAACUAUCGAACAAAAUGUCGUCGACUCAGCAAUUUUCAUUGAAAUGGACAAAUUACACAAAUCACAUUACGAAUGCAUUCGAAUCGUUGCGGUCGAAAGAGGAUUUUUGUGAUGUGACAUUGUGUGUGGAGGGCAGGAAGAUUCGUGCUCAUAAAGUUCUAUUGUCUGCAUGCAGUACGUAUUUUAAAGAGAUUUUCAAAGAAAAUCCGUGUCAGCAUCCCGUGAUCAUUUUCAAGAAUGUCAAAUACGAUGAUUUGUUAUCAAUCGUUGUGUAUAUGUACCAAGGAGAAGUAAACAUCGAACAAGAUGCUUUGCCCACAUUUUUGCACACCGCCGAAAUGUUGUCGAUUCAAGGUUUGACCGAAGACGACGGCACACAGUCGGACAAAAGCAUCAUUGCCGUUCCACCGCCACAACCACAACAAACUGUUGUAGCUGCCGCUCUGGCCACACAUACACCACAGAAUACAAUCACCAUUCAUGGACAAACUCUUGGCAAAGCCGUUCGCGACACAACACAUUUGGCAACACAAAAGUUCACACUUUCAAAACCAAUUUCAAUUAUUGGCACCACAAACGCUGGAACGGUCGAUCAAAUUGUUUACACAACAAUGGCACAAGCACCAACAACUCUUAUGCAAGCCGAUGUUAUUCCAGCCAAACGGAAGAGAAAAAUCAUAACACCCGCUGAAACAAAAACGGUUACUUAUGCUGAGAAUAAUGCACCGAAGCCAGCUGGAGAAAGUGCAUCGCCCGUCGCUAAGCGAGCGGAACAUGAAACCGAGGAUUUUUUGAAACAGGAAAUGGACACAGAUAUUUCAGGAGAAUACGAGGACGACAAGCCAUAUCAGACAGAAGGUGAAAUUGGAACUUACGAAACUGGAUCUCAAGAUAACGCGAAAACAGAUGACGAUUUUGACAAGCCAAAACUGGCAACACAGGCAGAAUUGGGUCGUUUAUUUUCUUCAGGCGGUCCACCGACUCCGGAGUCUAAACGAUCUGGACAAGAACCAACACCUGACGGACAACCGAGUAAAUGGUCACAAUGUCAAUUUUGCAAGCUAAUAAUAACGACAGUCAAUCUUUGGAGACACAUUCGAACCCAACAUACCGAACAGUCGCCCCGACAAUGUGAACAUUGCCAAAAGAAAUUCAAAAACAAGUACAGUCUACGUGAGCAUGUUCGUAUCGCACAUGAGCAAAAACCUGGUUCGGCCACGACCUAAACAAAAUCAUCGUCACAUUUAGAUCAUACCAUCUGACCAUUCGUCACACAUUUUGAUCGAAUUAAGUGAGAUCGUCUCCUGUGACUCUCGAUUGAGAGGAGAGUUUUUUUUUACCGAAUUCAAACAAAUGAAAACUAAAUGGACGCAAUUUACACAUGUAUUGUGUGCCAUAUAUUGAUCGGUUGAUAGAUCUAAAAAAAAUUACAAAUUGAAGCACAAAAUAGAGUUUAUUUUGACAAGAAAGAAAUCAUUUGGAUUCGAAGCUUUUUUUUAAAGAGUGUAUACAGAUAGUUUUAUGAGUGCAAACUAAUUCGGGAGAAUUUAAUUUAAUUCCUGCUUCAAUUUUACGUCCAUUUUCGUUUCUUUAGAAAGCCGUUCAGUUUUCAAUCGAUUUUAGUCCACUUUUCAGCGUUAUUUAUAAAAAACAAUCAUUCAACACAAAAUCUAACAUUCAUUUAUAUAUACACAUUUUCCCCCUUUGAACCCACAAUUUAACGUGUAGAAAUACAAAUCUUAUGGUUGCACUCGGUUGCAAAUAUAAGUCUAGCUUUUUGUACAAGUUUAAGUGAAUUAUUAUUGUAACAGUCGUGACUGCAACUGACACUAAACAAAAAUCAUUUGAAUAUACAACAUGAAAAACUAAGUUUUAAGGCCAAACUGUACAAAUGAAAACAAAAAUAAAAUAUGUCUUUUUUGAAUGAGAGCUAAA